AUGCCAGUUCCAACUAGUACUUUAAUAAAAACUGAGGAAGAGGAAAGAGAGAUUCGGUUAGCAGAACAACGUCAGGUUUGGGAGAGACAAAGAUUGGAGGUUGAAGAAAGAAGAAGACGAGCUGAAUCUCAAAGAAUUGGGUCUCCAUUUAAACAUCCAUGGUGGACAGCCUUUUCUGACGCUGGUCCUCAACCAAGAUGCCUAGAUGAAUGGUUGACAGUUGAAAUCUCUAAUUCAAUUAGAGAAAAACCAGAUUGGAAGACUAAAUACAAGAAUGACGAGAUUGUUGCUAAAUGGAAACGGGAGAUUAAACAACAAUGUCAAGAUAAAACCAGAUAUUUAGAUCAAAUAAUUGAUUAUGUCUUUAAGGAAUUACAAUGGUAUGAAGAUGUGGAAAAGGAUUUAAAUACGUUUCAAAUUGGUUGUGAUUACAGAAUUGUAUUCUCAGAUGGUGCUGUCAAUGAGUCUUUGAAAAAGAGUUUCACCAACGGAGCUCAAAAAUUAGUGGAAUCGUUUGGGAAUGAUUUUGAUUAUCAUCCAGGGUCCAACAAUCAAGUUGUUGAUUUGGUUCAUCCUUCUUUAUUCAUUGUUCAAUAUGAUAAAACUCCUGUUUUAAAAAAUGGUCAAUUAGAAAUUAUUAAAUAUGGAGAAGAAAUCGAGCAUGCAAAAGCUGGUGUUGAUCCAUCUGGAGUAUCUAAAAAAUUCCAAUGGAUUCCUGCUCUCGUGGCUAAAAAUUCUAAUGGGAAAUUUGAAUUUGGUUCUUAUAUCAAUAAUUUACAUCCUAUCAAAUAUAAAGAUUUGUAUGAUUCAAUUGGUGAUAUUUUCAAUGCCGCUAUUCCUGGUUUGAAUUGUGUAUUGACUCGAUAUGCAUCACAAGAGUUUAUUCGUAUUCCAAUUCCAGGAGGCAGUGAUGCUUACACGGACGAGUAUGAUAAAGAUCGUGAAGAAUUAGAUGCAGAAUUGGAACGUGAAGCCGAGGAGACAGGUCAUGAUUAUGAUUGGGAAAAGAUGGAGGCAUUUGAAAAAGAUAAACUGAAAUAUCUUCGUGAAUUUAUUCCUAAAUGGGAACAAGCCCCAGUUUUUGAUAAACCAAUUGAUCUCGCCACUAUGUUUGAUAAUUUGAAAGUUAUUGUGAAAUUGGCAAAUAUUGAACUUACGCCAGAAAACCCUGUUUAUGCUGGUGGAUCAUGGCAUGUUGAAGGUGCGAUCAAUGAAGAUAUUGUAGCCACCGUAUUGUAUUAUUAUGAUGUUGAGAAUAUUACUGAAUCAAGACUUUCUUUUAGAACCGGAUUUGAUGAUCCUUGUUAUGAGCAAGGUGAUGACUUUUAUACCGAAACUAUUUUUGGGAUAAAAGAUGAAGAAGUUAUGGUUAGAGAAAUUGGAGGAAUUGAAGCUAAAGAAGAUAGAGUUGUUGUGUUCCCCAAUAUGUUUCAACAUCAUGUUGAUCCUUUUGAAUUAAAGGAUAAAACCAAGCCUGGUCAUAGGAAAAUCCUUUGUUUUUUCAUUGUUGAUCCAUAUAAUCAUAAUGUCAUUACUACUGAUAAAGUUCCACCUCAACAAAAAGAAUGGUGGGAUGAUUCUAGUUUAGAUUAUUUGUUUCCUGGAAAUUUAAAACAACAAAUUUUAGAUUUAAAGGGAGACAACUCGUCGUCUUGGCCAAUGACAUUAGCACAGGCAAAGGAAGCUAGAGUUGCCUUGAUGGAAGAAAGAUCUGCUAGAGGUGAAGGUGAUGAAUACGAGGGUGCAUUUACAAGAAGUUUUUCAUUAUGCGAACAUUAG